AUGGCCAUGAAGGCACCUUACACCUCGGAGAGGCACCGCGUAAGGGGCGGCCGAGACGGAGUUCAGAUAGUAGCUCUGGUUACAGUGGGACACAUAGCCACGAAGGCAGAACAGUCCUACAUACUCAUUGUUACAUGUGCCGUCACGAGGGCCAUUCACCUUGAGCUCACGAAGUCAAUGUCGGCCGAGGAUUUCAUGCAAGCGUUCAUAAGAUUCAUCGCGAGACGUGGCGUUCCGCUGAAGAUCUAUUCUGACAACUUCCUCACAUUUAAACGUGUCCGCCGAGACCUCACCCUGGCACGGCUGUCCCAGGACUUUCAAGUCACCGGGCUCCUUACAUCGAACCGAGUCACUUGGCGUUUCAUUGCGGAACGUGCUGCCUGGCGGGGAAGUUUUUGGGAAAGGUUUGUCGCAGCGUCAAGACCUCCCUCCGCAAGGUUUUGGGAAAGAGCACGCUGA